UGCGAGUGAAAAAGGAGGAAGUCUAUUAGAAAAAGAUAAAGGGAAAACAGUGUAAAAAAUGCCGGACGAGGAGGAGGUGACAUACGAAAUAGUUACACCACCGAACGACAAUUAUUAUCGCCGGAAUAUCGAGCACUUCUCGAAAAAUGCAAACAAACUUCGAAAGAUCAACGACGAGAUCGAAGAUGUGCGAGAUGUAUUGGAACUGGCGGUAACGAAGUCGAAGAUUGACCGUGAGAGGAGAGAAAGCAGUUGUCAAAUUAUCAACGAGUGUCAACUGGAACAACCUCAAAGUUUCUACUUCACGAAGAUGAAAGAGUUCGCGGAUAAACUGCCCGCGUACACUCUGUUGCCUGAACAGGAAGAGACUAUACGAAAUUUAGUUUCGUUCAGUUUACGGCACAAGUACGAGAAAAUCUUCGAGGAUCAAAUGCUAGAAACGAAGACACGUUAUUACGAAGCGAUGCACGAUCUGGCCGUGAAGAGAGUGAUAACGAUCGAGUGCCAGGACGUGUGUAACGUGGGCCUAGAACGUGUCUUUUCGUACAAGCUCGCUGGACGGACCGAGUUUUAUCCAAAAUAUUUGAAAAAUCGAUGCGCAAUUAGAAGGAAGUACUAUUUAUCUCACAGGCUGAUGAGAAACAUAGUCGCGAAAGCUUGUUUCCUUAUGCCAGAUUGGAUCUGUAAUUUCCGACGCUAUAGAUUAGGAUUUGAUUAUCUCGACUUCAACAGGUUUCUGGAUUUAGUGGAAAACGAUGUGAAAAAAGGUGCGUUGAUCGUCAGCAGUGCUUAUUACAGCGACAUUGUGCGAUUAGUUUCUCAACCGUACUAUCUUCACGAUGUCCGUCCACCCUCAUUGCCAGACUUUCUCAACUGCGCCAACAGUUUGCUGGCCUUUCAAGUGGUGACGCGAAUCAUGAACACCAUUGAACAUUUGCUGCAAAUUUUGAAAGAUGAACGAACCGUGCCUUUGUUCAAGUUGAAAUGCGAGAACAACGAGCUGUUUCUCAGUCCAACGAUGGACGAGAUUUGCCAGGCGUUUCACGGCAUAGUUGAACAAAUUAGCCACGUCGGCCAACAAUUACCGCCACUUGACUCUUGGGUCGGCGUGAAGAUUCAACAAGAGUACAUUAAAGUUGCGUUGUCGGAAUUAUACCUGGAAGAAACGCAUCGACGUAUGGCGGAAACGUUGCGACGUACUUUUCAACCGUUCAACAGUUACGUGGAGGGACUGUACAGCAAGUUCAAAGUUGUUUUCAAUCCAGAAACACGCAGAAAUAUCGUUGAUUACGUCAGUACAGGGCACACGUUUCAAGAAUAUGUGUCCAAAGUCGAGGACCUUAACCAAUUCAUUCGAGAAAUAAAUGGCAUGCCGAAUCACGAAUAUUUCUCGAUCGGGGUAAUUCAUCAAGCGGCGGCAAAGGCAGGUCUCCUCUAUUACACGGAAGAAGUGCGCAGGCUGAUCAUCGAGGAGUUGGUGAAAAGCCAUCAAACGUACAAUCUUGAAAUCUGUAACACGUUCGAGACGAUAAGGGAACGUGCUUCAAACAUUCCCAGUACCACUAAAGAAUUACUCGAAUUAGGCGAGUACAUGUUGUACGCUGCGUCGACGUUGAUGAGGUCGCAAGAGGAAAAGAUUACCUCCUCCUUGCGCAUGAUGGCGUUGCUAAUCGGGAUGACGACAUUAACCAAAGAUCACAUCGAGUUGAAUAACGCGACCAUUCAUUGGUUGACGCGGAUAAGACCGAUAUUCAAGCACAGCAGCGCCAUCUACGAGCAAAUUAAAUUUGAACUGGAGGAGAAACUUCAGCAAAAAAUCGAAAAUCUAAACGCCGACGUAGAGAUCAUGUUUCCCAGAUUAAAAAUUAUGAACGAUAUGGAUGACGCGAACCGCAUAAGGGAGUACAUAGAAUACAUGCGAAAGUUCGCGCGCGAUUUGGAUCGUACGGAUGAGAGAGUGAAGUGCAUCAACGACGAGGAGAAACUUUUUAAGUACCCUCCGUCGGUAUAUCCACGGAUCAACGAACUGAAGGAAAACAUAAUGCCGUAUUACGAAUUGAUUUAUCGUGGUUACCAGUGGCAAAGACAUCGAGAUGUCUGGUUGGAUGGCCCGUUCGAGUACCUGGACUCCAAUAGUAUUGACAACACGACGAGCGAUUACUUCACGAAUUUGAACAAAAUCAGCAAGCAAUACCGAACGAGAAUAAAGUUGGAAAUUGCAAUGAAUUAUCCGCACAGAAAACUCAUCAAUUAGAAAUAACGCAAGAUAGUACUAUCCGAACUAAUAAACAAGAAGGGAAGGAAAACAUAUUUGAAUCGUUGAAAAGUUCCGUUGAAAAGUUUAACUAUCCAUCUUCUCGGUUAAACAGACAAAUAUAUAAUCUGAUUUUGAAAGAAACUCAGAAAGAAAGUGAAACAAGACAAAAAUUAUUCGACAAUGAUAACAGGAAAAUCAAUGAAUCAUCAUCAACUGAAGUGUAAGAUAUUCAUAUCUACGUAGUUGUAAUUUAUAAUUAAAUUAGUUCAUGAACUUACGAAGUUAAACAAUCUUCACAUUUUAUUCAUAGAAAGGAAUAUCUUCCGUCAUCAUCGGAAAAGAAACCAGAACUAGAUGAUAACAUUAACUAA